GAUAUGUAUGAGCCGUCUAUUACUCUAUAACAGUACAAUGUGUCAUCUCUCAGUUACUCUCUGCUCCCAAUAAGAUAAGACAGCUGUUAAAUGUUUUAUUGAAACAAAUGAUGAAGGUUCUUUGGAUGCCGUUUUCUAGUAGAGUCCGCCCGACAAAUUGAAGGUGGUUUGCCAGGUUUGAAUACCAAUAUUCACGGCUAUGCAAAUGAUUUGGGUUAAAAUUAUUUCAAGAAUUUUUAUACCUAUACUUAUAAAUUUUAAGGAAAACAAAACGCUGUUGGUAUUCUCAAUACAACACUCAAUUCAGUGUCUACGUCAUCAUCAACAUCCAUCGAAGUGCUGCUCACAGCUCAUCACAUUGCCAGCCAGCCAGCCAGCAUAGAUACAUUCUGACGCACCGUCAACAACAGAAAAAAAUAUUUGUUGUUUUGUUUUCAUUGCUGCUGUUGUUGUUGUUACUACAACUAAGCAGAGGCGGAGUUCUUCGAACAGAAAGUAGUGACAAAGAGCUAGAUGGUGGAGACUACGUGCUCUCCAAGUGCGCCGCAACAUUUUCAACUGUGUUCCUACAAUCGGCGUUCGUCGCAUUUUAUUCUGGAAAUAUAAAAAAAGCAAACAAACCCAAAAACUGGCUGACACGACAAUUCUUCUUCUUCUUUUUUUCUGAAUCAGACCAGCAAGCAACAUUACAAAACCAACCAAAUCUAAACGCAAGCAACAUUCACAUCGCAUCGGAGUAAAAUAUAAUCAACAAUGGCGGCCAAACGAUUUUCAUGAAUUACUAACGAAUAUUCAAUGGGAAAUUAAGUAACAAGGCUGCACCAAGAACCCCACCGAACCCCAAGAAAAAUUGAUUGAUAUCAUAUGACGGACGACGCAGUGUUUUUUGUAAGCCCCACUGGCUUUGGAUUUCUUCAUUCGAUUUAGUAAAACAACUAUUAUUUUUGUAUUUACUGGCUGCUGCUCUUCUUCCACCGCCGUCGUCACUCAAUUCGAUUUCUUGCCGUGAACACGAAAAAGCAAAUGAAGAAGAAAGAAAUCUAAUCGAUUAAAAAAAUAACAGCAUAAGAAAAAGCUGUGGUGUUUGUCGAAACUGUUUUGUGGUAUACGGCUGGCUAGCUGGCUGAAUGUGCGGGAUGGACGGGCGAACACUCGAACGGACGGACAUGCAUAGAUAUAAUGGAAUCCUUAGGUGCUAACUUUAGAAUUUAAGAAAAUAAAAAAAACACUACAAACCCCAAAAAAUAUCUACACAGUACAAGUUGCAACAUUUGAAGCACAUCAAUAGAGAUUUUAAGCAAACCUUUUUUUUGGAAAGCGGAAAAGAAAAGCGAAGUAACUCCAAACACGCAAUUGUUGCUACCAAGCUGAGGGAAAAUUUCGAAAUUUUUUUCAACUGAAAUGCUGAACGAGUUCGACUAUCACCAAGACAUCAACAGAAAAGCCAUCAGCGGCGGCUGUAAAAUACAUUUCCAGAAUCAAAGUUGAUGUAACAUUGAAAUUCGCUCUCCUUAUCAAACAAACUGUGGCUACACAUCUCCUGCAACGUUAAAACUCCAACCAUCUUAGAUAAAGAUAAUAAUUGUUUUGUAAGCAGAAAAACACACAAACCCAUAUAAGUAUAGGAAAACAUAGAAUUUAGUUUCAAAAACUAAAAUCGCUUCAAAUGCAAGGAACAAUUCGGAAUGAUAAGAUUAUAUUAAGAAAUCUCUUUAAUAUACCAUACAAAACAAGCAAAUCAAAAGCGUUUAUGUGGGAGGGUAGGCGAAAAUUCCAUUAAGCACAAACUUAAAUACACUCCCACACACAAGGUUUAAGAAAACAACAACAAAAAGCAAACACCCCCUCCGAAGAAACGCAUUGUUGUUCCCUUGUUUUGGGACAAAAAGGGAAACCAUAAAAAAAGAAAAGAAAAACACUUCAACCACAAAUCAUAUACACAUAAAAUGUCCAAUUAUUUUAUCAGUAAUACAACAACAAACGCAUCAACUGCUGCAGCCAACUCCAACAAUGCCAACAUUACUUACCAAUCAAAUAACAGCAAUGUGGGUCCAACAACAAACACAACAUCAGGUCCGAUACGCAAACUAUUCGGCGAUAAUGUGGCAACAGGAGUCGGCAAAGUUGCAGCGACAAUCUCGAGAGCCAAGCCAGUGGCACGAGUCUUUAUGACACAAGCAAAUACCGGCAACGCCAGCACCAGCGACCAACAACUAACAACAAGUUCCACCGCCACUUUGGCUACACAUUUGUUAGAUCAUGGUUAUGGUGUCACAAUGACGCCACCUAACGUCGUUUCCAAUACCGUGGUGGUUGACCAACAGCAAGCAACAAUUUUGUCAUCUACCACGUCAUCGUCGACUCUUUCCUCCUCUGUGACGUCAUCCACAAAUCCAGCAACCACAAACACUAAUUCAAAUUCAACAUCACCUGCCUCGCAACAACAGAAAUACAAAUCGACAGAUAUGAAACAAUACUAUAAGGUGAAACGGCGCAUUCCCAUGAAUGACAGCCAUCCCAAAAAACAGGCCAAACAAAGUCUGCAACACCAAACCGCCUAUCAACAGCAGCCGCCCCAACAGCAAACGCAUCAUGUCACUACUGUGCGUGCGGGCAAACAUCCACAAAUUGCUCUAAAUUUCCCCACACCCUCGCCCCAACCUGCCCGACCACCCUCGUCCGCCUCGUCGACUUCCUCAUCGUCGGCGUUGACGGUACCAAAUUUCUUCUAUAAACUUGGCACUCCCCCUACGAAUUCUCAAAACAAUACGAAUUCGGCGACAUCGGCAAAACGUACGCCCGAGGGCAAUCGUGCCGAUACAUCCUUAGGUAUUCUUACCAAAAAGUUUGUUGAUCUUCUACAAGAGUCUGCCGAUGGUGUGGUGGACCUGAACGAUGCAUCCAAAAAACUAUCUGUACAAAAGCGUCGUAUCUAUGACAUUACCAAUGUUCUGGAGGGCAUCGGUAUCCUGGAGAAGAAAUCGAAGAAUAACAUUCAAUGGAAAUGUGGCAAUUCACUGUUGACCUCAGAACGCUCGAAUGACAUAAAGCUGGAGAAUGAACGUCUUGAACAGAAGGAAAAUGAGUUGAAUAUGUUGAUUGAUCAGAUACGCAAUGAGUUGCAUGGCGAAAUAUCGCGUAACGAUCAAUUGGCAUAUGUGACGCAUAGUGAUUUAUUGAAUGUUGAUCUGUUUAAAGAUCAAAUAAUUAUAGUUAUUAAAGCGCCACCAGAAGCAAAACUUGUGUUACCUGAUUCUUUAAAUCCACGUGAAAUUCACGUUAAAGCUGAAAACAAUGGUGAAAUCAACGUUUUCCUUUGCCAUGACACAUCACCGGAAAAUUCGCCAAAUUUCGGUCAAACAGCGGCAUUGGCUCAACGUCAAACACUUGGAGCCAUUAAGCAUCAAUAUGAUCCUAUCAUUGAUGACCAGUUGACGCCCAUGCUGGAAGCGGACAAAAGGCGUAGAUUAGAUUUACCCUCAUCUACAUAUCCCACAAAUUUACGUUCUGCGCAACGUAAUCUUAGUAAAUCCAUUGAAGAAGCUGCACUACAUGCCUAUAACGAUCAGGAUCCCCAAAGUCAGCAGACAGCCAUUGUGACUUAUGAUGACUUGAAUAUAUUCCCGACAAUAACAAGGCCGGUUAUUACCCAAGUGGCCACGGACUACCAGCAAAGAAGGCAAACUCAGGAGCUGCAUCAGUCACAACAACAACAACAGCAGCUGCAGUAUCAGCAGAAAAUAAACACUGGCAUAGAGGAUGCUAUGGUUUCUUCGGUGGGCAUGAUGGUGUGUCAAACAAAUGUCCAGCAGCAGCAGCGGGUCAUAACAGGUGAUAACAAUUCAGACAGCAGUGAUUCCAAUCAAACUAUUACGCUUACAAGUUGUCCCACGGGACACAUCUCAACGACCAAUGCUCUGGCAAAGAAAUCGGGUUUACGUAACGAUGUUAAUUUUACGGAUUGUGCAAUUGAACAUCAGGCAAGUUCGCAACAUGCGACAUUGAUAACGGGCAGUAGUACUUCAUCUUCGUCGGCCAAUUCUUCGUCAGUGUCAUCGCCACAGCAUGAUAGUUAUGAAUCAGGAACAGUAGUAACUACAGAAACAGCAAAGUCCGCUGGCGGUCAAACUAUGCAGCAGCAGCAACAGCACCAACAACAACAGCAAGAACAAGAGCAACACCACCACCAAGAGCAGCAUCAAAAACAUCUAAUGACAGCUGACAUUACACAUUCUCCACAACUAUCUUCUCAUAUCGUUACAACAAAUUCGAAUUGUGGCAGCUCGACCACAACUGGCGUCCGGAACGCUUUUAUUUCGGAUACUGGAAAUCUAAGUCCCCCAUCCUAUGACUAUUUUGUAGACUUGCCACCACUGAUGCCCAUUAAUCCACCAUUGGAGUCUUAUUACAAUUUCUCGUUGGGUCUAACUGAAGGUCUUACCGAUUUAUUUUCUGAUUUGGUUUAAUUUUACAUAGUAAAAACAAAACAGAAACCCCAUACAAUAUUUGUACUCAAUUCUUUAAAAAAAGAAACAAUAAUGUGUAAUUCCCAUUUAGGAACCAAACCCCAUCCACCCACACUUAAAAGUUUCAAACAAAUUUCCCCUGUUCUUCUUUACCACCAAAAACCAAACACAUAUUAUAUUUUUAUUUAAAUUUCAUUUCAUGCAUUCUUUAGGUAUUUAUAAUUUGAAAUUAUAAAAACAAAAAAGCAAGAAGUUUCCACACAAAGAAGAAAAACAUGUUUACACAAUUUUUUGUUUUAGCUCUUAAUAAUUAUAAUGGUAAUUAUUAUUAAUUACAUACAUCCAAACUUAAAAAUUAGCUGAAAUGUGUUAAAACAAAACAAAUAACAACCAGAAAGUAAGAAAUCACUAUAGUCUGAAAAGUUAAAACAAAUCUAAAUAAAUUUAAUAUUAAUACAAAAAAAAAGAAAAAAGUUUUAAAGGCUCUGUAAAGGAAAACAAUUUGUAAAUUUCUCAUAAUAUAUAAAAAUCAGGUUUUCAAAUUUACAAAAAAAUUCAAGAAAUAUUUGUAAUUUUAUUAAAAACACAAUUAAACGUAAUCCUAUCAAAAAAUUCACAAAAGGUCCUAUAAAGAAAAACUCAAAAAAAAAAAAAACAUAAAAUAUAUAUAAAAUCCAAAUUACAGUGUAAAAUAAUUUUUUAUAACUCAAUUAAAAUUAGAAAAGAAACACACAGAAUAUUUAGAAAACACAUGGAUUGAAAAGUCACGGAUCAAAUAUUUUGUUUAUUUUUAAAAAUAUCUGUCAAGAGCGAAUGUGCAACUUAAAUAUGUAUGUGGCAGACAAGUUUGUAUUUUGAUUCCAAAUAUUUUCAGUCCAUAUGUUUUAUAAAAUAUAAAGUGUUUAAAAAAAAGAAAACAAUGCAUUAUAUAGUACAGACUCUAGAAAAUUUGAAUACUACACAAAUUGAAAGAGUAAACUUAAACAGAAGAGUAAAACUAUAACCUCUCCAUUUGUAAAUGAAUCAAAAUUAACUUGUAGUUUUCUUUUUUUCUGUUUUCUCUUUGCCCCGAAAUUUUUAUUGCAAUUAUUCAUCAAAAAAAUCUGCAUUUUGUGAAUUGUUCUUUUAUUAUUAAUCUAUUUUAUUAGGCGACCGUUGUUUUUAUUCACUAUUUUCUUUUUUUUUUCUUUGGAUUUCGUAUUUUCAGUUAAUGAAAAUGUUGAUUUUACCGUUAUCUCUAUUUCUUUUGCUGAAGUUGUAAAUUUCCAUAUGUAUUUAAAAAAAACGAGGUGAUUUUGUAAAAUUUUUGUUAAUUUUUUGAAGUUUAGUUUCCAUUUUUACAAAAACAAAAACUUUAGUUAUGUUUGGUUCUUUAUCGAAAAACAACAAUUAUUUUUACACUGUAUUUUAUAAAAAUAUAUACAAUUAUAUUCAAAAAAAGAAAGAAAGAAACAAGAAAAUAAAUAUAAAAAAUAUUUUGCGCA